AUGUCAAGGAAAUCAGCAGGAGAGAAGGAGAUGGAGGAGGAGAUCCUCAAACCUGAGGGCGAAGAGGGAGAUGUACUUCUCCGCUCCGAGGUUGAGGAGUCACUCCUCUCUGAUGAGGCGCAUCUCCCCUCUGGGGAUGCAGUGAGUGGAGGCCAGGGGGAGGCGAUGGAGAUGGGGGGCGAUGGAGAAGGACCAUUGCCACCACCCCAAAUCGCCACCAGUGCCAACAACCGUACGGUGAAGAGGAGGGCGAGGAGGCGGCGCGCGAAGGAGCUGCGGGCUGGGGGUGUGCCUUCUGCCCCCAAAUCCAACGAUGACGUCACUGCCACCGCCACAACCACCACCAACAUCACGGCUCCAACCACUACUACAACAACUGCCACCAGCGCCGCUGCGACUGGAAACGCUGGGUCUUCUUCCUCCACUACCACCAACAAGAGAGGCAGGGAGACCCCAACCUCCAACAAUCCGAGGGAGAAGAAGAGGCCCUCUACCUUCCGGGAGGUCGUGAUUGAGGGUAGUGAAGUGGUCAUCACUUAUAAAGAUGACCCUCACCGCCCUCUUUCUAAAAAAGACCAAGAGGCCAUCCAGGUAGGACUUCGCUCUGCCAUCGAUGCGGCAGCAGCGACAACCCUGCUCAAGUUUGGUGGACUUGUGAUCCGGGGUGGGGGCAUGGUUCUCACAUGCCGUGACCCCACCACCAAACUUUGGGCUGAAGCGGAGGUGGACAAGCUUGAAGGGGGGAAAUUCGCCACCAGUGACCCCAAACCACCGGAAGCGGAAGCAAAAGUGAGUUUUUGGGUCAGGGAGGCGACACCACCUUUGGCCAAGGUACUCUUCCGCACCAUCUCUCGACUCAACCAGGGCAUGGACACGACCACAUGGAGGAUGACCCAUUCUAUAAGGUCAGGGAGUGAUACCAACGCACACCACACCAUGUGGGGUAGCACCAAUAUCAACAGCAGAGGUGCACAACUAUUGGAUUACAUUGCACAGGUGGAUCUGCACCCCAUUAAUAGGGGACACAGAGCCACCUUUGUUGUAUCGAAUAAGAAAGAAGUGUUAGAUGUUACAUUUGUAUCCUCCCAUUUGCUGGACCGGAUAAAGGCCUGGUGGGUCGACGACAACGAAAGUUGCUCUGACCACAGGUAUAUUCGGACCAGCCUAAGCCUUGGUCCACCUGACCCUAUCAUCUAUAGGGACAGGAAGAGAACAAGGUGGGACCUAUACAAAUCAGUAUUAAAAGGACUAACGGAACUUGACCCUGCUAGGGCAUGCCCAAUGUCAUCUACGGAGGAGAUUGAGGCAAGCGCUAGUAGGGUCAGUAACUUUAUCCAUAAAUCAUACGAUGUGGCCUGCCCUGAAAAAGUACUCAAAUCCAGGAGGAAGAGGGUACCUUGGUGGAGCCGAGGAGGAAAACUGCCUCGUGGAGAAGGUUUUGUGAGUGUCGAGGAGGCACCUGUUGCUGCCCGACUCUCGCGCAUCCUUCGCAACGAUGGCACAAUCAAACUGGGAUCACUGGACAAGGGUGAUGGUGCUUACACCAGGACCCUUUCUGAGACCUAUGAAUUAUUACUGGACCAGUCGUUCCCGAGGGACCCUCAACGGGUUCCAUGGGAACCUGAUCAUAGUAAAGUAGAUGAUGAAUCUAUAAAUCUGAUGAUUACAUCUUCAAAAAUCAGUAACAUAAUUAACUCGUUUGGCCCACUAAAAGCGGCUGGAAAGGAUGGUAUCUUUCCAGCCCUUUUACAGCAUGGGUUAGCCGAGUUAAUUCCGUAUUUGGUUCCUCUCAUGAGGGGGUGCCUGACCUUUGGUUAUACACCUCUGAAGUGGAGAGAGUCCAGAGUGGUAUUCUUACCAAAGCCAGGAAAGGAGAGUUACGAACGGGCGUCCGCUUGGAGGCCCAUCUGCUUAACAUCCUUCCUGCUCAAAACACUUGAGAAACUGGUAGAUGGCUGGGUCCGCACGCCUGAUCUUGUUGAUAGGCUGCAGAGACACGGUCAGUAUGCCUAUAUGAAGGGCGUCUCCACGGAGGCUGCCCUUCAUCAGAUCGUUAGCCUUGUUGAGGGGGCCCUUGACUCUGGCGAGUACUGUAUUGCAGUGAUGUUGGAUGUUAAGGGCGCUUUUAAUGAGGUUAGAUCUGGUACCAUUAUCCAUAGCCUUAGGAGGUUUGGCGUCAACGAAGUAUGUGUUCGAUAUAUUGAGCAUAUGCUUCGGACACGAACCACUUGGGUAACUGAUUCUACUUACGAGAUUGGGAGGGUGGUGGAGAGAGGGUGCCCUCAAGGGGGUGUCCUCUCACCGCUUCUCUGGGAUCUGGUCGUAAGUGAAAUUCUGGAAAAACUGCAUCAUCGGUUCCCUCAACUGUACUCACAGGGCUUUGCCGACGAUCUCACAACAGUGGGACGGGGCAUUGACCUGGGUACAGUGGGGAGUCAUGUGCAGAGAGCAGUAAAUCUUGUUAGUGAUUGGUGCAAAGAGGUGAGCUUGUCAGUCAAUGAUAAGCUUGCCCUGGUACUAUUCACUAAGAAAUACAAAUUCAUUGCUCCUGUGAUCAAGUUGGAUGGUAUUCCCAUCCCUUAUCAAAAACAGGUAAGAUAUCUUGGGGUCUUAUUGGAUCACAAGUUGAACUGGGGCCCACUGUGCAGGGCUAGGGCACUAAAAGGUAUGCGUGCCCUGGCCCAGUGCAGGAGGGCCAUUGGUAAAACUUGGGGUCUUUCCCCCAAAAUUACAAAUUGGAUCUACAAAUCCAUAAUUCGCCCGGACAUGGAAUAUGGGUCACUCUUGUGGGCUCCGGCCACAAAGGUGAAGUCCCACAUGGCCCAGUUGCAAAGAGUACAGAGGUGUGCCAUGCUUGGUACAACCGGUGUAAUGUCUAGCACUCCUACUGCUACCCUGGAGUGUCUACUGGGACUUGUCCCAGUGGACAUCCGGGUUCAGCAAGUUGCACUACGAACGUACCAUCGCCUCGCUCACCACGGCCAAUGGAAAAAAUGGGCCGGGGGUGAUCGUACGAGCGCGUUAAAGCAUAACAAGUUUGUCGAAAUCAUGGCGUCUGGUAUUGAUGAAUUCCAGAUGCCGUGUGAGAAACUUGUUAAUCCGCCAGCAGAGAGGAACUUCGAAACCUCUAUCUGCUCGGUGAAAGAUUGGGAGGACGGUAGCGUGCCCAUGAAUGCCUCCGACGUGAACUGUUUUACUGACGGUUCACGGAUGGGUGAGUGUUCGGGUGCGGCUUACUACUUCACAUACAACAAUCUUGCUCAGGAAGCUGUGAGGUGCUCAAUUCCUCUGGGAUGGGCACCCACAGUUUUCCAAGCAGAAAUUAUGGGUAUUAUCAGGGCUUCUGAAACGUUGACCGACGAUACUCAUAACUAUAGCACCGUUGACUUCUUCAUUGACAGUCAGGGUGCCAUCAAAGCGCUCACUAGCCCAUGGCCAGUUUCAUCACUGACUGCUGAGGCUAUUGAGAUGCUUAAUCAUAUUGGGGAGACUAAGAAGGUAACACUUCAUUGGAUCCCUUCUCACCAUGGAUUUGAAGGAAAUGAAGUGGCUGACCUGUUGGCCAAGGAAGGUACUCUUACUGGGUACCUUGGCCCGCAGCCCUCUAUUCCUCUAUCCAGAAGCACUGUAAUCUCCAGCAUUGUAAACUGGGCAAGAUUGCAGCAUACCAAAUCUUGGGAAAGCAGCAAGGGUUGUUUAACUUCUAAAGCUUUUCUCUCUGCCCCUUCAUCGGGGCUUAGCAGUAAGCUUUUAACCCUAAAUCGGAAGAAUCUCCGAUCAGUAACACAAACCUUAACCGGGCACUGUACUUUAAACGGGCACCUCAGAACAAUGGGAUUAGUUGAUGAGGCCAUGUGCCUAUGUGGCCGUGGCCCUGAGACUGUAUUUCAUUUUCUUGGGUCCUGCGACAAGUAUUGUGCCCUAAGGUCAGAACUCUUUGGGAGGCAUGAGUUGCCACCAGAGCAAAUAGUGACUAUGUCUAUGCCCGAUCUAAUUCAAUUCAUAAUCAGAUCAGGGCGGUUUGUAGGUCAAGUUAGAUCUGUAAAUCGUGAGAGUCAUGACUUAGCACAGUAA